AGAUUUGCUGCUGUAGGCUGCAUUUGUUGUUUUCUGGAAUCACUUUAAUGAAGUGACUUUAUAAACUAACAAUUCUCAUCCUGUUAGCCAGAUCAACUUGUAGCUUAUUAUUCAUUUAGUCAUCUUAUAUCUUUUUUCUUAAUCAAUUAAACAUGUUGGCUGUAAUUAAUCGAGUGCUAGAUUGGCUGAAAAGCCUAUUCUGGAAAGAAGAAAUGGAGCUUACCCUGGUUGGUUUACAGAAUUCGGGUAAAACUACAUUUGUCAAUGUGAUAGCUUCUAACUCUUUCUUGGAAGAUAUGAUUCCCACCGUAGGAUUCAAUAUGCGUAAAGUAACCAAAGGAAAUGUCACCAUAAAGAUCUGGGAUAUCGGAGGUCAACCAAGAUUCCGCAGUAUGUGGGAACGUUAUUGUAGAGGUGUCAAUGCCAUUGUAUAUAUGGUAGAUGCCGCCGAUCAUGAAAAAAUUGAAGGCUCACGCAAUGAACUUCAUAAUUUGCUGGAUAAACCACAAUUAGCCGGUAUUCCCGUAUUAGUUUUGGGAAAUAAAAAAGAUCUGCCUGACGCACUGGAUGUAAAUGAAUUAAUUGAGCAAAUGAAUCUGGCUGUAAUUCAAGACAGAGAAAUUUGCUGCUAUUCCAUCUCAUGUAAAGAAAAAAGUAACAUUGAUAUAACCUUACAGUGGUUGAUUAAUCAUUCCAAAUCUGGAUCCCGUUAAUAUACUCACAAUUUACCGGACUGCCCAUAAAAAGAUGAUUCCAUUUUAAUUUUUUUUAGUGGAAACAAAGAAACGUUCCCAAGCCAUACACGAAAUCACAAGUCAUUUGUUUAUUUUCCUUUCCGCUUCCAUCCUCGUAUAAAUGAAGCAAAAUCAAUUUUAACAAUUUGAAGUUUUCUCGUAAUCAGCCAACAGAGGGGUAAUCAGACUCAAAAUCAUAACAUCAAAACAAAAAUAAAAGUGCUGGAGAUACAAUUAUCAAGCGAAUACAUUGAAUGGCCAUUUUCUACUUCCAUUGUGAACUCAAAUGUGUUGGAAGUCAAUUUGGAAAGAAAAGCAAUUUUUUAGUUUACAAAAGAACUGUUAUCAUGCAUGUAAUAUUUCCUGAUUGAUCUUUAUGAAACUGAAUCAACUACGCGAGAACUUCUUUAUUUGUUUUAAUGUUAUCAAAUAUCUAAUCUUUCUUUACCAAAAUUACAAAGAUUUGGCGUGGUAAAUGUUCCCUACAAAUCAUGACAAAAAUGAAAUUGAAAAGAAUAAGGAAAUUUCAUUCUCAUCAAGUUCCAAUUUGCCAUCUCAAUAAGAUGAAGAAAGGCGAAAAAUCAACAAAUCAACUGUUCUCAAUUUUGUGAUCAUUCAAAAUUCAAUCUUAAAUCAAUCUAAGAGUAUUUAUUACAGGAACAAUUACCGAGAAAACAAAUGAUUAUUUUCUUGUUCAUUUCUUGUUCAUUAGCCAUAUAUGAAGCACACAAAUAACAAAUAAAGCCCAAUCAUUAUGAUUUAUGA